CGAGCCCCGCGGGCACUGCAGGGAAGGCGCUGAGCGAGCCUGCCCCUGGUCGAGGGUCACCCUCGCACGCCCCCACGCAGGGCGGGCUGAUUCCGAGACCCAGCGGUUGCUGGCGCGGAGCCUUCCCUGUGCCAGCAAAGCCCCUCGCUUGCGAGACAUGCCAUGCAUUAGCUUGGGGUAUCCCCGGAGCGCCGUGAAACUGGGGACCCCUCCCAGGAGUGCUCUGCAACGGGGUGAAACUGGCCCGGUGAAUGCAUUGAACUGGGGUGCUCUGCAAUGCCGUGAGCCUGGGGAUCCCUCCCCAUGAAGAACAUAUGGGAGCAGAGUCCCCCUACACAGCCAUGAAAAUACCUCUCCAUACAGAGGAGUUCAUUCUGAAAAGCCACAAACUUGGGGUUCCCUCCACAGGAGGAUGUUUGAUUGGGGUCCUCCCUGCAAAGCCACAAACUGCCUACCUCCCUCCCCCCCUCACACAAGCCUUGGAAUUGGUUGAGUCUCAUCCUGUGAUGGCAUCAAUUUGUCAGAACCAUGAAAUUGGAGGGUUGAUAGGGGUGCCCCAACAGACUUCACUGGAAGUACUCCUUUUUCUGGUGCUCUGACCCACUUUGUGUGUCCCUUUAAUGGAUGCCUUACAUGUUGCUUAAUGGAGGAAUUGUUAGGAGGCAGUCCCAACCCCCUACCCCUUGGAUGAAAUAGCACCCUGCAUAAUUGCAGGUUAUUACUGGGCAAUCUCUCUUGAUGUGGCCAGGUUUGCUGGAUCAGUAACCUACCCCCAGGACUUCUCCCUCUCAAGGGAAAUUCUCCAACACUGUGGAGCUGAACCAUUCUGAAACCCUACAUCUAGGGCUAGCCAGGAGUCUGACCCCUUGAGAGCUUCCCCCAACCUCCCAUUCUUGCUCUCCCCCCGGGACACUCCCACUCUGCUCAGGUCUCUCCCCAGAUGAUGGCCAAAACCGCCUGACCCAACUUUGGGCUCCCACAGGCAGAAUCUACAAGAAUUGGUCCAGAACCACCAGUCAAUAAUUGUCUUCACACAACCAGCAGGUAGCAAGAUCCUGUAAGCACUGGACCAUGUUCUUCACCAACCUGUAUUCUUCACCACAUGUAUGCUACUGGUCUGUCUCCCCCACCUAGGAAGGACUAAUGACCAGCACACCCAACACUCUACAGGCCUCCAACUGAGCUUUAUAGGGAGCUCCUGCCCCUUCUGCACUGUGUCUGAUGAUUGACCAGGACAGGUUGGUCCCAGGCCUCCUGACAUCCUUAAAGGGGCAGACCAGCCUGUUCACACAGGGGUCUGUAUCGGUCCCUCUCAUUUAAUACAUUUUUCUGCUGUCUGUCACUGUCUUAAUAUUACCCUUGUAUACAGGACAUGUGCUGCUGCUUCUCACAGGGCAGAAGCAGGGUGUAUGACAGUGCACAAACUUUGGUUCUACAUCAAAAAUAGAAAACUAUUCCAACCUGCAUGUUUGGAACUAUUCCAACUAAUCCCAAACUGCAUGGUUAUGAUGGCUACUGCUUUGUCUCCAAAUCCGAGCUUCUUUCCCUGUCUCCCCAUCUCUUUUUCCAUUCAUAGGAACACAAGAAUCACCAUACUGGAUCAGAUAUGUGGUCCAUCCCGUCCAAUAUCCUGCUGAGGGAGUGGCCAGCACUGGAUUCUUCAGAAGAACAUGCAAGAAAUGCUGCAGUAGGCAGAUGAGGGAUAAUUUGCUCCCUAAAAAUUCUCCUCUUAGCCCCUAAUAGUCAGAGAUUGGUUUAAAUCCCAAGUCAUGAGAUUUUAUAUGCCUUCCAAAACUUUUUUUUUUUUUUUUAGCAUUUACUAUUAUAAUUCUGGAUAUUCUUGUUAUAAGUGUCCAAUCUCUUUUUGAAUCUUGCUAAUUUCUUGGCUUCAAGGGCAUCCUGUGACAAUGAGUUCUGCAGUCUAAUUUACGGCUUGUGUGAAAAAGUAUUUCCUUUUAUCAGCUUUGAAUUUGCUGCCUUUCAAUUUCAUUGGUUGUUCCCUUGUUCUUGUUUUAUGAGAUGGGGCAACAGACAUUCUGAAUCCAAUUUCUCUAUACCACUUGUUAUUUUGUAUAUUUUUCAUUCCUCUCUCCCUUUCUGCUGAUGCUUGCAAACAGCUCAUCUUUGGGAUUAUGACAUCCUUUCAGAGUUAAAAAUAAGUAGCACAGAUGGUUGAGUUUCAGCAGAGCCCUGAUGCCAUCACAGUGAAUGUUCAUUUCUCCAGAGCAGAUACCACAAUUCUUGAGAAUGACAGUUUGCAGAUUUCACAGGAAACACAAGAAACUAAAGAACUAGAGGAGGUUGCUCUACCUGUACACGCCACAGAUCGGAUAUUUUUUAUUGAUUUAGCCAAUAAGCAACAGACAACUAUCCCUUUACAAAUCUUUGAACUGGAAGAUCUGGAAGAAUUGCACUUGGAAAAAAACUUAAUUGAAAACAUCCCAGAUGAUAUCCAUCGUCUUAAGAAGGUGAAAGUUCUCUAUCUGAAUAAGAACUACAUACACAACAUAUGUGAAGAACUUGGGGAGCUGAAAUAUCUUCAGAGCUUAGAUUUAAGUAGCAAUCCACUCUCUUACAGUUCGCUACAUAUAAUCAGCAAACUGCAGGCUCUCCGUCAGCUCAGGCUCUAUGAUGUAAACUUGGAUGAGUUCCCAGUGGAGAUCUGUAAAUGCCUCCAUCAUGUUGAGCUGCUUGGACUCUCUGGCAAUAAUCUAAGGUAUCUGCCUAAAGAAGUAGUGAAUCUGAGACAACUUAAAGAGAUCUACCUGCAAAAAAACAGAUUUGAAAGCUUUCCCCUGGAGCUUUGUCACCUUCUUAACCUGGAAAUACUAGAUCUGGAACAAAAUCGAGUGAGUUUUGUCCCGGAAGAGAUUGUAUCUUUAACAAACUUAGUGAAAUUAUUUUUAGCUUUCAAUAACCUGUUAUCAGUCCCUGAUACAUUGCAUCACUGCCGGAGACUGACUGUGCUUGAUUUGUCUAAUAACCUCCUGCGUAGGCUCCCUCCUAGCUUCAAGCAGCUCACAGAAAUGAACGAGCUUGGUCUGUCUGGUAACAACUUGGAAAAGUUUCCACGUCAGAUUUGCCAUUGGAUGUCCCUUUGCCUCAUUUAUUUGAAAAACACUGGCUUGCAAAUGCUACCAUCUUCCUUUACCAGAUUAACCUGUAUCAAGAUAUUAGAUCUUAGUGAAAAUUUCUUUGAUGAAUUCCCUAAAGAGAUUUGUGCUAUGGAAAAUCUGGAAAUAUUGUCACUGGAUGACAAUCAAAUACGUGAGAUACCUCCAGAGGUGACGGGACUCUCUAACUUAAAAUGCCUUGGUCUGACUGGAAACAGAUUCAGUGUCUUUCCAGAGGAAGUUUUUCUCCUUCAGUCAUUAGAGAAAUUAUAUCUGGGACAAGAUAAAGGGAUCAAAUUCAUGACUCUUCCAAGAGACAUCAGCAAACUGCAGAAUCUGAAAGAGCUGUACCUAGAGAACAAUUGUCUGGAGUACCUGCCACCUUCCAUCGGCUUGCUGAGCAACCUAGAAAUAGUUGACUGUCACAACAACCUCCUUAAGGAACUCCCAGACUCCAUAUGUCAAGUACAAGGUUUGCAAAGGUUGCUUGUUCAGAACAAUCAGUUGUUCCAACUCCCAGAAAACUUGGACAAUCUUCAGAAGUUGCAGCUUGUCUUGCUGGAUGGGAACCCUAUGACAGACCCCCCAGUUGAGGUGUGCAGGCAGGGGAACUUGGCUAUCUGGGAGUAUUUACGGGAAAAGAGGCAUCAAAAGGCCAAGGCUACAAAGAUCCAGGCUUGGUGGCGUGGGCAGAUGGUGCAGAAGGGGCUUGGAAUUUUUGCUGAGCUUCAAAAACUGUUAAAGAAAGGAAAGAAAGAUAAGAAAGGAAAAGAAAAGGGGAAAGAAAAGCCUGGCAAAGGUGCAAAGGGCAAAAAGUAGUAAUUCCAUAUGAUUUUUACAUCAAACUGUUUAUAGCUCUUGCACAUUGGGAGGGCAGAUAUAGGGAGAGGCAAGAAAGUACGGGAUAGUCAAUACUAAAAUGUCCAGAAUACUGAACAUUAGAAUUAAAAAAAUAACAUAGGUGCUUUAUGGCCAGUUUUGUGCAUGUGUCAAAACGACUCCAGUUACAUGAGGUUAGAUGGUAAAAUAAUGUAUAUGAUUGCAAAGCACAAGGGUAAUUGAUUAACUGGAAGUGAAUUGUAUCUGUGGAGCUCUGUGCUGACUAAAAUCUUUAAAAUUCAUGUCUUCUGUAAUGAGAAUGGUCUUACAGUGGUUUAGUGUUUUCAUACCAUCCCUACUGGGUCAGGCCAAUGGUCCAUCUA